GAUCGACUGACUUCGGAUGUUUUUGAUUCAUAAGUAAAUCCAAGACUUCGAAAUCGGUUGUAUGUAAAUAUACACUUUUAAGGAUAAGGCAAAAUGUCUCAAGAUAAAUUUGAUCUUAGCAAAGUGCAUCAGUGUUUCGAAAAAUGCUUAACCGGUGAAGACGAUGUAUUUAUCGAUGGCUACCUGGAGGCCUUCAAGGAACUGUAUAAAUUCUUCUCGCUGAUGGGAACCGUCUUUGGGUUUGUUAGCAGCGAUGUCAAGGAGAAGGUUGAGAUUCUGGAAAAAUUGCGCCAACAUCCGGAACACGGAGUCGAAUUCGAAACCGUCCGGAAGAUGAUGGACUACGAACGGGGAGCCAACUUGCUGGACAAGAAGGACUACGUGUCCGGGUGUAGAACACUUUUAAGGCUUCACCGGGGGCUGGAUUUCAUCUACGUUUUUCUGAAACGGCUUGGCGAACUAGAAACUGCUGAUGCCAGAACGAAUGGUAUCUGCCAGACGGCGUACAACGAAACGUUGGCUCAAUUCCAUCCGUGGCUGAUUCGGAAGGGUGCCAAUGUGGCCAUGUAUGCGCUACCAAAUCGGGACCAGCUACUCGAACGUGUUUGUCGAGAACCAUCCGAGGCCAUUCGAAUGCUGCCGGAAAUGCUGAAUGUAGCACGGCAGGUUUACGAUCGGACCCAGGACCUGUACACUCAAUUUGACAUGCAUGGUUUACCAUAAGACCACAUAAUCGGGGAAAGACGGAAAUAGAAUGCUUUUUGCGUAGAAUGCUUCGACUCGACUAGUCGUUAUUACCUAGUUGGCGUUAGGCUUCGAUAAUUUUAUCCCUUGUUGUUUAGAAAAUUUGACUACCUUCUAUUUUAAGAUGCAUUUGUGAUAGCGAAAGUAUUCGUUUGGUUUUUAUCAUCAUCUUUAUAAAAACAAGUGUAUUGUGGAUCAAUUGUACAUUCAAGUUUAAUUUAACGUUCAAAUAAAAGCUUAUCAUAUAAGCCAUAUUAUCUCGAAA